AUAAACUGUUCAAUAUGUUAUCAGAGGAAGAAACCCUCAAGAACCUUCCUUUUCUUCCUUUUUAUGUCCAUCCUUAACAUGCCCUCUUCGUUUCUCCCCCACUGAAACCCUCUUCUCUCUUCUUUCCUUCUCACCAAACACUCCCUCACCCACCUACUGCUCUGCUCUAUGGAUUCGGAUCCACGAAAUCCCAACAAUGGAUCCUUCACCAAUGCCAAAGGCUAUGCUUUAAGCGGCAGGAUUAUGCUAAGCGCGAUUGUCAUCCUUUUCUUUGUCGUCAUUUUGAUGGUUUGCCUCCACCUCUACGCCCGCUGGUACCUUUUGCAAGCUCGCCGCCGACAAAUUCGCCGCGCCGCCCGAAAUCGACGUACUAACCUCGUCUUUUAUGUUGACCCCUCCAAUCCCACCGCCAAUCACGUCAUCCAACCUACUCGCGGCCUGGAUAGCAGUCUCCUAAAAUCGCUGCCCGUAUUCGUUUAUUCUUCCAAGACCCACCCGGAUGCGAUAGAGUGUGCCGUUUGCCUAUCCGAAUUCGAUGAGAACGAAAAGGGUCGGACCCUACCCAAAUGCAACCACAGUUUCCACAUCGAGUGCAUUGACAUGUGGUUCCAUUCUCACUCCACUUGCCCUCUUUGUCGCUCCCCCGUUGAACCCGUACCUGAAAGACCUGCCCAGAAGGAUUCAUCCUCGGAGAUUACUGAAAUCGGUUCAAGCUCCGACUUGUGCGCUACUCGUCAGCAGGAGGGAGACAACGUGGUCGCAUCUACUUCUGCCUUUAUGGGUCGAAGAAAACCAGCGGAGCUGGUGGGCGUGACAAUAGACGUACCCAGAAGAAAUGGGAAUUUCGAGGACGAGUCAGGCACCGAGUCAACGGCUUAUAGAUCGCCAAUGAGUCGUAUGUUGUCUUUUAGGAGGAUUCUGAGUCGAGAGAGAAGAGAAAAUAUGUCUCCUUGUGCAGGGAACCCAACGAGUUGUGGUGGGUCGGUGAGCGAGUCAGACCUGGAGAGAGGCAGAGAUGAGAUUCAGCAAACUCGGGAAAAAAUAGGUAGUAACUCGACGGUGUGAUUUGGAAAAAGAAAUCGGUGGUAUGAGCGGAGUGGCACGUGGCAAUUACAACUAUGAUAAAUAUUCUUACACUGUCAAAUGUACGUAGGACGCCGACUUAGGUUACCGUAUUUGACUUUGACCUGUAUAUAAUUAUCCAUUUCAUUGAUUUGAUAUAUAGUUUUUGCCUUUUCAUAGAUA